AAAAAUUUAUUUUUAUGCAGGCAGAAUUCGAUGUAGAAAGACCUUCUUAUUAAUAAUUAAACGAAGAAACACCAAAAUCAACUUGCUUGUAUUACUAAGAUGAUCCAAUAACGUUGUAUAAUUAAGUAAACUAUGCAUUAAUUGUUAUAGUUUAUCAGAUUAUACAAUUAAGACAUCAAUCAAGUAAAUGGGAUUAAAUUAGAAGAGAUGAAGCCUAGCAAGGCUGUGCAAUUCGUUCACAAUUAUUUACGCAAUUUAAUUGGUUCAUUUGUUUUAUUCAUUAUCUUACUGAUUCCUAUAUUGAACAUUGGUUUUUACAUUUUGAUUGUGUUCGCUUCUAUAAGUUUGAAUUAGAAUUAUUUGAUCUUCAGGAAGAAUAUAAGUAAAAUGUUAAAUCGACUACUUAGGUUUGGUUUUAGACCCUUUUGGCAACAUGGUAGAAAAUUAAGACAUAUGUGUAAUGAUGAAAAAAAAUUAUCUGAUGUUUAAACUUGAUAUAAAAGAAACAGAGGGACUUCAUUUUUCUAAGAAUAUCAAAGAGAUGAUCAAAAAUAGAUCUAGUGGGGCUGGCGACAAUAAAAUCGAAUUUACUAUUUAUAACCAAAAUUUGAAGCAAGAUUAUUAUGGAUUUCCAAAUCAUCGAUGCAGCUAUUUAGUAUGGGGUCUUAGCAGCUGUCUCAUAAUUGUUGCAGAAUUUGUUUUUCUUAUAAUCUUAAUAAAAUUGGUAGGCCAGGAGUGAAAAUUAUGUUUUAU